AAGAAAUUGAUUUGGAAACUGGAAUUUUGGAGUCCAGGAGGGACCCAGUCCCUUUGGAGGAUGUGUAUCCCAUUCAUAUGAUCUUAGAAAAUAAGGAUGGCAUCCAGGGCUCGUGCCGCUACUUUAAGGAGAGGAAAAACAUUACCAAUGACAUCAGGACCAAGUCUCUGCAGCCUCGCUGUACCAUGGUGGAAGCCUUUGACAGGUGGGGGAAGAAACUGAUCAUCGUUGCCUCUCAGGCCAUGCGGUACAGGGCUUUGAUAGGCCAGGAGGGGGAUCCGGACCUGAAGCUCCCCGACUUCUCCUACUGCAUCCUGGAGCGAUUAGGCCGGUCCAGGUGGCAAGGAGAGCUCCAGCGAGAUCUUCACAGCACUGCUUUUAAGGUUGAUGCUGGGAAACUGCACUAUCACAGGAAAAUACUGAACAAAAACAGACUCAUUACAAUGCAGUCCCAUGUGAUUCGAUUACCCACUGGAGCCCAGCAACACUCAAUCCUCCUCCUCCUGAACCGGUUUCAUGUGGACAGGAGGAGCAAAUAUGACAUCCUCAUGGAGAAGCUUUCUGUGAUGCUGAGCACACGGAGCAACCAGAUGGAGACGCUGGGAAAGCUGAGGGAAGAGCUGGGGCUAUGUGAAAGGACAUUUAAGCGUCUGUACCAGUACAUGCUGAAUGCUGGACUUGCCAAGGUGGUGUCCCUUCCCUUGCAAGAGAUUCACCCUGAAUGUGGACCUUGUAAGACAAAGAAAGGGACCGACGUCAUGGUUCGGUGCCUCAAGCUGAUGAAGGAAUUUAAACGGAAUGACCAGGACGAUGACGAUGAUGAGGAUGUCAUCUCCAAGGCUGUGCCUCCGGUGGACCUUGUGUUUGAACGGGAUAUGCUCACGCAGACCUACGAUCUCAUUGAGCGCAGAGGCACGAAAGGAAUUUCCCAGGCUGAAAUCCGAGUGGCUAUGAAUGUGGGAAAACUGGAAGCAAGAAUGUUGUGCCGGCUUCUUCAGAGAUUCAAAGUUGUCAAGGGAUUCAUGGAAGACGAAGGUCGGCAGCGAACCACUAAGUACAUCUCCUGCGUGUUUGCGGAGGAGAGCGACCUCAGCCGACAGUAUGAGCGAGAGAAAGCCCGAGGCGAACUCCUCACCACGGUGAGCCUGGCCUCUGUGCAGGAGGAGUCGCUUCUACCCGAGGGUGAAGACACUUUCCUCUCCGAGUCGGACAGCGAGGAAGAGAGCAGCAGUAGCAACAAGCGGAGAGGCAGAGCGUCCCAGGGGGAUGGGAGAUCCUUUACAAACCUUGGGUCUGGGACCCAGCCUCAUCACUCCACCCCAACCAAAGGUGGGUGGAAAGUCCUGAACCUACACCCUUUGAAGAAGCAGUCGUCUUCCAUCUCAGGAGCUGCUGAGGAGAAAGCCUGCCGGGGCUUUGUUGGCAAGGAUGGCCUUCUGGACACCAGCAGCACCUCGGACCAAAACAUGUCCUACGGCUCACACUGUGUGGGCAGUAACAGUGGUGACAUAGCCGUGAUUGAGGAGGUCCGGCUUGAAAACCCAAAGGAAAGCAGCAGUUCCCUGAAGACUGGAAGGCAUGGCUCAAGCCAGGACAAGCCGCAUGAAACCUACCGACUGCUGAAACGCAGGAAUCUGAUCAUAGAGGCUGUUACCAACCUCCGCUUAAUUGAGAGUUUAUUCACGAUUCAGAAGAUGAUCAUGGACCAGGAGAAGCAGGAAGGCGUGUCCACCAAGUGCUGCAAGAAAUCCAUUGUCCGCUUGGUGCGGAACCUGUCUGAGGAAGGUCUUUUGAGACUGUAUCGGACUACGGUGAUUCAAGAUGGCAUCAAGAAGAAGGUGGAUCUGGUGGUACACCCGUCCAUGGACCAGAACGACCCCCUCGUGAGAAGUGCCAUCGAGCAGGUCCGCUUCCGGAUCUCCAAUUCCAGCACAGCCAACAGGGUUAAAAUUUCCCAGCCUCCAGUGCCCCAAGAUGAGGAAGACGAAGAAAGCCAAGGAAAAGAGGGCCCGAGUGGAUCAGGAGAUUCUCACCUGAGUACUUCCUCUAGACCAGAAAGUGGACGGUUGAAAAAAAGUGAUAAGAAAAUGGGCAUAACCCAGCUGAGAAAUUAUCACCCCGUUAUAGUUCCUGGACUUGGGCGUUCUCUGGGAUUUCUGCCCAAAAUGCCUCGCCUGCGAGUAGUUCACAUGUUUCUGUGGUACCUGAUUUACGGGCACCCUGACAGCAACACAGUGAAGAAGCCAAGCUUCACCAGUGAAAGGAGAACAAUAAAACAGGAGCCAGGCAGAGCAGCAGCACAGCCCUCCUCCUCUGGAAGCACCUGGGAGGCCUCCUCAGAAGCCCCAUCCAGAAACAGCCAAGAUGGUGUCACCUGGGAGACUGAAGUGGAACUCGCCACAGAGACAGUCUAUGUGGAUGAAGCCUCGUGGAUGCGCUACAUCCCUCCCAUCCCGGUCCACAGGGACUUCGGCUUUGGCUGGGCACUCGUCAGUGACAUUCUCCUCUGUCUUCCCCUCUCCAUCUUCAUCCAGAUUGUACAAGUCAGCUACAAGGUGGACAACCUUGAAGAGUUUCUCAAUGACCCUCUGAAGAAGCACACGCUGAUCCGAUUUCUCCCCAGGCCCAUCCGGCAGCAGCUUCUGUACAAGAGACGUUACAUAUUUUCAGUGGUGGAGAACCUCCAGAGGCUGUGCUACAUGGGGCUGCUACAGUUUGGUCCCACGGAAAAGUUUCAGGAUAAAGAUCAGGUCUUUAUCUUCCUGAAGAAGAACGCUGUUAUCGUCGACACCACCAUCUGUGACCCACAUUACAACCUUGCCCACAGCAGCCGGCCCUUCGAGCGACGUCUCUAUGUCUUGAACUCCAUGCAGGAUGUGGAAAACUACUGGUUUGAUCUGCAGUGUGUCUGCCUCAAUACCCCACUAGGCGUGGUGCGCUACCAGCGUGUCAGGAAGAACAGCAGCACAGACCAGGGCAGUGACGAGGAGGGCAGCCUGCAGAAGGAGCAGGAGAGCGCCAUCGACAAGCACAACCUGGAGCGCAAGUGUGCCAUGCUGGAGUACACCACUGGUAGCCGUGAGGUUGUGGAUAAAGGCUUGAUCCCCGGAGAUGGGCUGGGAGCCGCAGGGCUGGAUUCCAGUUUCUAUGGACACCUCAAGCGUAACUGGAUCUGGACCAGCUAUAUCAUCAACCAGGCCAAAAAGGAGAGCACCGCUUCAGAGAAUGGGCUCACAGUGAGGCUCCAGACAUUUUUAUCCAAGCGCCCAUUGCCACUCGGUGCUGGAGGCAGUAGCAGAUUGAAUAUUUGGGGAGAAGCAAGAGUGGGCUCUGAGCUCUGUGCCGACCGAGAAGAGCAGCUAGAGGUUGACCGAGAGUCCACGCUGGACAGAAACCGGAGAGUGAGGGGAGGCAAAAGCCAGAAGCGGAAACGGCUGAAGAAGGACCCUGGGAAGAAGAUCAAGAGAAAGAGAAAAGGAGAGUUCCCAGGAGGAAAAAGCAAAAGGCUGCGCUACCAUGAUGAGGCUGACCAGAGCGCUCUGCUGAGGAUGACCCGGCUGCGCGUCACCUGGUCCAUGCAGGAGGACGGGCUGCUCAUGCUUUGCCGCAUCGCCAGCAACGUCCUCAACACCAAGGUGAAGGGUCCGUUUGUCACCUGGCAGGUGGUGCGGGACAUUUUGCACGCGACGUUUGAAGAGUCUUUGGAUAAAACAUCUCAUUCUGUGGGACGAAGAGCUCGCUACAUAAUCAAAAAUCCUCAAGCCUAUCUGAAUUAUAAGGUUUGCCUAGCGGAGGUGUACCAGGAUAAAGCACUUGUUGGAGAUUUCAUGAAUCGAAAAUGUGACUAUGAAGACCCAAAGGUUUGUGCCAAUGAGUUUAAAGAGUUUGUGGAGAAGCUUAAAGAGAAGUUCAGUUCAGCCCUAAAGAAUUCUAACCUUGAAAUCCCAGACACACUCCAGGAGCUGUUUGCCAGAUACCGAGUUUUGGCAAUUGGGGAUGAAAAAGAUCAAAUCAGGAAAGAGGAUGAACUGAACAGUGUGGAUGACAUCCACUUUCUGGUGCUCCAGAACCUGAUCCAGAGCACACUGGCCCUCUCGGACAGUCAGAUGAAGUCCUGUCAGUCAUUUCAGACUUUCCGCCUCUACCGGGAGUACAAGGACCACAUUCUCGUGAAGGCCUUCCUGGAGUGCCAGAAAAGGAGCUUGGUCAACCGGCGCCGGGUCAGCCACACGCAGGGCCCCAAGAAGAACCGGGCCUUGCCCUUCGUGCCGAUGUCCUACCAGCUAUCUCAGACCUACUACAGGAUUUUUACAUGGCGAUUUCCAAGCACCAUCUGCACCGAAUCCUUCCAAUUUUUGGACAGACUCUGGGCUGCCGGCAAGUUGGACCAGCCUGAUAAUUUUUCUUUCAAAGACCAGGAUAAUAGCAACUCCACAAACGACAUGGUGGCAUUUUCAUUGGACGGCCCUGGAGGACAUUGUGUGGCCGCCCUGACCCUUUUCUCUUUGGGCCUUAUCUCUGUGGAUGUCAGGAUCCCGGAGCAGAUUAUAGUGGUGGACAGUUCGAUGGUGGAGAAUGAGGUCAUCAAAAGCUUGGGGAAGGAUGGUGGCUUGGAGGAUGACGAGGAUGAAGAGGAAGACUUGGACGAGGGUGUUGGGGGUAGGCGCCGGAGCAUGGAGGUGAAACCCGCCCAAGCCUCCCAUACCAACUACCUGCUGAUGAGGGGAUACUAUGCCCCUGGCAUUGUCAGCACCCGCAACCUCAACCCCAACGACAACAUUGUGGUCAACUCCUGCCAGGUGAAGUUCAGGCUCCGCUGCAGCCCUGCGUCCACACGGCUGAGGCCUGAUGCCACUUCUCUGGAAGAGCUGAGGGCAGGAACUUCCUGCCUCCCUGACGCCUUCACCAGGCUGGUAAACCCCCGAGGAAAGACCUGCCACCUGGAGGACCUGGCCGGCCAGUUGGAGUUGUUUGGGUACAAGCCUGAGGACGUGGCUGCGGCCUUAGAGAUCCAGGAAGCUGUGGCUGCCACGGGUUGUUUUGGGGUUGACAAGGAGGAGCUGCGCAGACGAUUCUCAGCCCUAGAGGAGAUGAGUGGUGAGCGCACCCAGACGUUCACAGACUACAUCCAGGACCUCGUGGAGCAACAGGAGCUGCUGGAAGUUGGCGCCAACACCCUUCGCCUGGUGGCCGUGGCCUCUGCCUGGCCCUGGCUCCUGCACUCGGUGCGACUGAAAGGCAAACAGGACAACACUGAUGUCCAAAGAGAGGACACCCAGACCAGAACCCUGGAGGGGCCUUCUGGCGAGGAUGGCCUCCCUGAGCGGCAGGCACCACCUUCCCAGGGCCCCCAGAGGGCCAAGAGGCGUGCCAGCUGGGCCAGCCAGGUUGGGGAGACCAACACCGAGAGUGCCCAGACGCCCCCCUCAAAGAGGCCCACCUUCCAGGACGUGCGCUUGGCCCCUAGCCCCAGAGCUGAAGAGGGGGCAGAAGCCCAGGCCCUGGCUGUAUUCCUGGCUCCUGAAGACAGUGCUGCAGGUGGGGCAGGACAGGAGGACCACGCUGGUGUUGGGGUACCCAUCCCCCCAGGCCAAGAGCAGCUGAGCUGCCAGGCCCAGCUUGCAGAAGGCUCUGAAGACCCCAGAGGGUUUGCGGAGAACUUGCGGGCCAGCGACCUCUCCCAGGCAGCACGGGAACGGGACUGCGAGAGCAUCUGCUUCAUCGGCCGCCCGUGGCGCGUGGUGGACGGCCACCUGAACAUGCCUGUGUGCAAGGGCAUGAUGGAGGCCUUGCUGUACCACAUCAUGACCCGGCCCGGCAUCCCCGAGAGCUGCCUACUGCGCCACUACCAGGGCGUCCUGCAGCCCGUCGCCGUGCUGGAACUGCUCCAGGGUUUGGAGUCCCUGGGCUGCAUCCGGAAGCGCUGGCUGAGGAAGUCUGCAGCUGUGUCGCUCUUCUCUGUGCCCGAGGUAGAAGAGGCAGAGGCGCCUUCUGGCCUGAGCGAGCCCCCCACGGCAUUCUACGAGCCCACGCUGGACUGCGCCCUGCGGCUGGGCCGAGUCUUCCCCCACGAGGUCAACUGGAACAAAUGGAUCCACCUGUAGGGCUCUUGUGGGUGCCACCUUCCUCCUGGUCACUGCCUGCAAUGCCAUCCUUGCCUGGUGGUCGGUGCUGAGCCUCCUGUAGCAGGGGACCCAGUGCCUGACGGGUUCCCACCGUCCUGGGCCUCUGCCUGCCUGUGGCCCAGACUCUUCCCUGGCCACUCCUUGGGAGCCCCGUCCCACACUGGGAGUUGGUGCUUCUUGUCCGGCCGGGCUGACUGGGCUGGAGCAGCUCCCAGGGUCUGUGGUUCUUGCUGUUCCCGGGGCCUCAGCACGUUCCAGAUCCAGCCACCUCGCAGACUCUCCCAGCUCCCCAGGUGCCACCGAGAGGAAGGGCCUUGUGGGAGACAGUUACAGCCCGGGGUGGGGGCCCCGUGGAGACUGGCUACUCCCCAGGCAGGAUGUCCCAACCCCGCUGGGGCUAAGCCACCCAGGGUGGAGCCUGUGUCCCCUUUCCAGCCUCAAGAGUUGCCUGGCAUGUCCCCGGCUGGACCACCCACCACCCCUCGACCUGGCUGGGGUUCCCUGCUGGCUAGAAAUAAGGUGUCCCUGUGGGUUCUGGUGGUUUUGUUCUUUUUCCUCUUUCCUCACUCAGAAGGUCCCUCUGGCAUGUAUUUAUUUAUUUUUUAAUUAAAAU